CCGCACCUAGCUGAUGGACCUCACGCAAUUUACUCCGUCAGUAUCGCAUUGGAGUGGAACAACGGCACUUCCAUCCUUGUCGGUUGUCGCCGGUUAGGAAUGGAGUUGCCGGCUCCGCUCUCGCGCGCGCCAGCGAGGCCGCAAGCGCGGGCGGGCGAGGAGGCUGAAGCGGAUACUCGGCAAGAUGCUCAGGUGGAAGCGGGGCCACCUCCCCGUCGGCCGCCCGCGUUCUACAGCUCCGUGUUCGCGCAGAUCGAAGAGAUCGGGUGGGAGCAGGUGGUGAGCGCCACAGGGGACGAUGGAGUGUCUUGUCUCACCUUCCGCGUUGUGGAUGAAGCAGGACGGAUUCAUUUACUGGAGAUCACACUGCCCAUGGGCUAUCCUGAAUGUCCUCCUUCAAUAUCUGCAGACAUACCAUAUCUCCCAAAAAUACAAUGGUCAAAAAGCUCAAGACUGAAAGAUGUUCUUUGCCAAUUUCAAGCGCACCUGAAGAUAUUGCAAGAGUUCUGGUCUACGAUGGACGAGAUUGAUAAGGUCCUUUGGAUUGUUGAUCCAACAAAGCCGUCCUAUGCUAUGUCUCAUCGUCGUAUAUCUUUAGGUGAUGAUUGCUACAUUUUGUUGCAUGUUGAUGCACGCAAACCCAACUCCUUACCAGAGUGUCGCUUCUUGGGCACAGAUGACAAACUUGAUCAGCUGAUAAUAAAUUGGAGAAAGAAUCGUAAAAAAUGGGAUGCAAAGAAAAAGUUCCAUGAGAAUUUGACAGCUGUAUUGGACUUUGCACUGCCUGCACCCCCUCUGGUUAGUUGUAACGUCAAAGACGACGAGCAAGCUGAUUGUGGGAUAUGCUAUGCGAAGCAUCUGCCAGUUGAUGACGAACUCGGUGCUCACAGCGGGUGUGUGACGGACUACACGUGCGAGAACCCCAGCUGCAGCCGCGCCUUCCACUCCGUGUGCCUGAGGGACUGGCUGCGCUCCAUCACCUCGACCAGGCAGUCGUUCGAUGUCCUGUUCGGGAACUGCCCCUACUGCAGCGAUCCCGUCGCCGUCAAGAUCACCGACCACAAAGAUCCGAGGCACCAACUGCCCGCGGCCGAGUCAGAGCCCUCAGAGAGUCAGAGGGAGGGGGAAAUGGCGAGCGGGGAGGGCGGGGACGAGAAGAAGCAGAGGAGGCGGCGGCGGCGGCUGUGGGCGGCGUGCCUCCCGCGGCCGGGAUGCUUCACGGUGUCCGCCGCCGACGAGGACCCGUCGGCUCACGGCGCCGGCGAGGGGGAGAGCAAGCCCAAGCCCACGCAUCUGGUUGUCACGGUCAAUGGGAUCGUCGGAAGUGCAGAAAAUUGGCGUUUUGCGGCAAAACACUUCAUCACGAAACACCCUGAAGAUGUGGUUGUUCACUGCAGUGAUUGCAACUCAGCAGCUCGAACCUUUGAUGGAGUUGAUGUGAUGGGAAGAAGAUUGGCAGAGGAGGUGGCUUCUGUUGUUGACAGUAGACCAGAGCUUUGCAAGAUUUCCUUUGUUGCGCAUUCGUUGGGUGGACUAAUUGCAAGAUAUGCUAUUGCAUUAUUAUACGAGAAUGAGACAGAAAAAGAUUCUCAUGAAAAGCGUGAGAACCAUGCUGAUGACUAUUCUAGUAACCAGCAGAGCAUUGGAGGGAAAAUUGCUGGUUUGGAUCCUAUUAACUUCAUCACUUUUGCAACACCACACCUCGGUACAAGAUCACACAAACAGAUACCACUUCUUCGUGGUUCCAACAAAUUAGAAAAGAUGGCAUAUCGUUUGUCUUGGAUUGCUGGAAAAAGUGGAAAACAUCUCUUCCUGAAAGAUAUUGAAGAUCAGAAACCACCACUUCUUCUACAGAUGGUUACUGACUAUGGUGGUCUCCAUUUCAUGUCAGCUCUCCGCUCUUUUAAGCGGCGUGUUGCAUACUCCAAUGUUUGCAAUGACUUUAUUGUUGGCUGGAGGACAUCUUCAAUUCGUCGUCAACAUGAGCUUCCUAAGCCCCAAAGUUUUCUAAAGAACGAUAGAUAUCCACACAUUGUAUAUGUGGAAGGACCAAAGGUUGAGGAUGUUGAUUUUUCGGAUGCAAUGAUCUAUCAGGCAAAAACAACUACUGAAAUGGAAGAGGUGAUGCUCAAAGGUCUGAAUAGACUUUCAUGGGAAAGGGUAGAUGUUAGCUUCAAGAAAAGUAGACAAAGGAUUUUUGCUCAUAGCACUAUUCAGGUCAAGACCUAUUUCUUGAACUCUGAUGGAGCUGACGUGAUCUUCCACAUGAUCGAUCAUUUUAUUUAUUAAGAUGAGUGUACUAAGAAUGGUGCCAGGUUCUUCUCUUUGUGGAUCAAAUUCUCGGCCAAAGAGGAACAUGUGAGAAAUAUUCUUGUUCUGAAGACAGGAUUAGAGUUAUACUGGAAGCAGUAGAACCCACUGUAAAGUGUAAAGGGGUAUCGGGUCUCUACCCUUCCUGCAAAUUUUGGGCCGUCUAGGUUCUUUUCUCUUCCUUUCAGGCUUCAGAAUCUCAGUUGUACAUGUACUGAUGAUGUACUAGACCAAAAUCUGUUGUCCAAAUGCAAUGAAAUUCGCUGCGUAUUUACUUCUC